AUGUCCUCACACAAAAGGAAACGCUCCAUAUCCAAUCACCUACCAGAUGAUACCAUCAACCCCCUCUCACACAGCGAAGGCACAAUAAAACAGCUGCGCGCCGCGGGCCUCACGGCAGACGACCUCCUGCCGUCCAACUACAUCCCAGACUUCCCCCACCGGCCCAUCCGGCCGUCCCACCAUCAACAACAAGACGGGGAGAGCGACAACGACGACCGUGGAGGAGAUGACGACGGCGGGUCGGUGUCAGGCGGCAGCAGCACCAGCAGCGAGGGCGGCGGCGCGCAGCACAGGGCCCGCAAGGCGCGGCAGCGGCAGGUGUUCCGCGACGCGCAGGACAGCCAGCUCGGGCUCCUGACGAACGUGAUCCUCCGGGCGCUCGAGGAGGGCGACAUCCCGCGGGCGAAGCGGGCGUUCGGGCUCGUGCGCAGGUCCGAGGUGCGCGGGCGGCCCGUCGACCUGCGCAAGAGGGCGCUGUGGAGCCUCGGCGCCGAGAUCCUGAUGCGCGACGGGGAGGUGAGGUCGCGGAGCGUCGUGCCGUCGGUCGCAGACCCCAUCGGUCCUGAGGGGGAGGGUGAGGGGGAGGAGGAGGGCGCCGGCGCGGCGGGGGACAGGGCACGCGGGACGGGGACGGGGACGGGGACGGGGCAGAGGAGGUGGGGCUCGACGGCCAACAUGCCGCGGCUGCGUGAGUACCUCGAGUCGCUGGUGCGGCAGUACCCCUACAACCGGCUGCACCCGGACAGCGUCAGCGACCUGGACUUCCACCCGGUGCUGUUCAGCUGCGAGUUCUACGACGCGUGGGCCGAGCACCGCCUCGCGCUGGAGCGCCUGGCCGAGGAGGCCGAGUCGUGGAGCGAGGGCGAGCUGGACGACGCCGUGCUGCCCGACGUGGACAUGCAGGGGUAUUAUGGCGGCGGCGGCGGCGACGACGGCGACGGUGGUGGUGAUGGGGCGCGGGCGGGAGGCGGCCACGCAUACCGCGGGGACAACCUGACCGGCAGGGAGAGGCGGCUGCGCCAGGCCAAGGCGGACCUCGGCCUGCGGGCGCUGUCGGCCAUGCGGGACGUCGCGGCGCGCAUGGACGGCCUGAUGGAGAACGCGCCGUACUCGCGCAGCGCCGAGCUGCUGCGGCUGCGGGGCAUGGUCGCGCUGUACAUCGGGGACCUGGGCGUGCCGCCGGCGCCGCGGACGGCUGAUGAGGAAGGAGAGGCCGCCCGGGUCAGGGGGCUGGAGCAGGAGAGGGCGAGGGCUUUCUUCGUGCGCAUGGUUGAGAAUGGAGGGCGGGCUGAUGCCUGUGUCAAGAGGUGGUUACGGGAUGGGAAUGGUAGCGAGGAUGACUACGGCGCCGACGAUGAUGACGAUGACGACUACCAGGGGAGCCAGUGGGGUGCGUUGCCUGUAUUUUCAUCCAUGCCUGUGCGAUAG